ACCCAUGGACGCUGCAUCAUCCGUGGCUCGAGUGAAAAGCAUUCAAGCUGCCUUCCAGGUGCUUGCAUUAUUGCAGAUGACAGCUAUAUAUUACCCGAAGCAAGCAAUAGUACAAGAUGGCGAUCGUUACAGUUUCAUAAUAGUAGGUGGUGGAAGCGCGGGCUGCGUGCUCGCUAAUCGAUUAUCUGAAGACAGCCGCUUUAACGUGCUCCUCAUUGAGGCUGGUGGGGACCCGCCCCUCGAGUCACAGCUUCCGGGUCUGAUGGGCUACAUUCCAAAAACACCUCAAGACUGGAAUUAUACUGAGCAAUAUGACAAAAACCGGGAUAUUUACCAAAACAACCGUGUAUUGCCAUUGACACAAGGCAGAAUGCUUGGUGGGGGGAGCAGUGCUAAUUAUAUGUACUAUGUGAGAGGAAAUCCUCAUGAUUACAAUUCUUGGGCACAUGCCGUUGGAGAUCCGUCCUGGGACUACAAACAUGUCCUACAAUACUUCAAAAAAAGUGAACAUAUGGAUGAUCCUAGUAUCCUUAGCUCAAAAUAUAGAAAAUUUCAUGGCACGAGCGGCUACCUACAUGUAACAAAACAAUCUUAUCAAGAAGCUACUACAUAUCUUAAUAUGUUUCACGAACUAGGGUUCAAAAUACUUAUAGAUGUUAAUGGUAAUGAGCAAUUAGGUUAUGGUGAACCUUCUUUGACUAUUGCUAAAGGAGUGCGGCAGAGCACGGCCUAUAGUUUCCUCAGGCCUGUCAAAAACCGACAAAACCUACACGUCCUCAAGCAUACACUAGUUACUAAAAUACUUUUCGACAAAUUUAAAAAUGCUAUUGGUGUAGAAGCUUUAACAGAAGACGACAAGGUGAUAAAAAUAAUAGCGGAGAAGGAGGUAAUAGUAACUGCUGGUGGAUUCAACUCUCCAAAAUUGCUUAUGCUAUCGGGAAUAGGUCCUAAGGAUCACUUGGAAUCUUUGGGUAUAAAAGUAAUCUCUGACUUGCCAGUCGGACAAAAUUUACAAGACCAUACGGCUGCUUUGGUCGCAUACAAGUUUAAGAAGGCAAGUGCUCCGCCACAGCCUCAAAAUUACGGUACAUUUCCCGCUAUUUCUAUGGCAGGAUACGUAGCUUUGAAUAAAUCGCAACUGUAUCCAGACUACCAAUCUAUUUGUUUUCACAUUCCAAACGAUUCAUCUGCAGCAAUGACCUUAUGUUCUUUUAAUUUUGCACUAGAUUAUAACACUUGUCAAUCUAUUUAUGAAGCCGGUAAAGGCAGGGAGGUAUUGUUUUGUGUACAAAAUCUAUUAAAUCCUAGAUCACGUGGUAAAAUUGAGCUUGGGAGCACAGAUCCUAAAGAUCAGCCCAUGAUCUUCUUAAGAACGUACUCAGAAGAAGAAGAUUUGGAAAAAACGGUGAAAGCUUUUGAAAAGUUGGACGAGAUUAGAAGUUCAAAGUAUUUUAUGGCGGUUGCUGGCGAAAUUAUUGAUCAUAGGUUACCGCGGUGUAAAGGGAUGGUAUUUGGGACAAGGGAGUACUGGCGAUGCCAUGUGUUGAGCACCAGGAUAACGAUGUAUCAUUUCUCCGGUGCAUGCGGGAUGGGGCGAGGGCGGGUGGUGGACCCAAGACUGAGAGUGUACGGCGUGAAACGCCUGCGUGUCGCUGAUAGCUCCACCAUGCACAGCGUCCCCAGUGGUAAUAUUAACGCUCCUGUCAUCAUGAUUGCCGAAAAAGCAGCGGACAUGAUCAAAGAAGAUAAUUGUAUAUAAAAGUAUGCGUUCUAAGCACGAAUUUUGUUUUGUAUAAUGUAUGUAUAUUUAUUUGCACUUUUGUUUUCCCAAUUAAAUUUAUA